GCAGCCCCAGAGAAUGAAUGAAAUUGAAAUAGCUGCUACAUUACAUGUACAAUACCGGGCUCUGCGGUGUUGCAUUCUAUCAUACUAUACCAAAAUGGCCACAGCGGUGCAGAACCCCCUCAAAUCGCAAUCUGGAGGUGCAGUCAUCAAAAACAGUCUCGGAGAGGAGUUUUAUAAGGAGGCCAUUGAACACUGUCGCAGCUACAAUGCCCGCCUGUGUGCGGAGCGCUCCAUGCGGCUCCCCUUCCUGGACUCGCAGACCGGUGUGGCCCAGAGCAACUGCUAUAUCUGGAUGGAGAAGAACCACCGUGGACCAGGUCAUGCUCCAGGUCAGCUGUACACGUAUCCUGCUCGCUGCUGGCGCAAGAAGAGACGGCUAAACAUCUUGGAGGACCCACGGCUUCUACCUAUCGAAUUCAAAAUUGACUACGAGACCUCUCUAAAGAAGGAGGGGGGCAUCCCAGACGGCCCUGUCCUGGAGUCGCUGCUUGCUGGGGAGACGCUGGACAAGAAGGUGGAGACCAAGGAAGAGGAGCCAAUGAGUGAAUGUCAGAAGCUGCUUGUUGGGGAUUUUCCUCAUGAGCUGGAGGUGGACGACAUGGAGGAAGACGUACCGAAGCGCAAGAACCGUACCAAAGCACGGGCCUAUGGUGUUGGAGGAAUGAGGAAAAGACAAGAGCUGCCUGCCAUUGAAGACAGAGAUAAGCCUUACGUCUGUGACAUCUGUGGCAAGCGAUAUAAGAACCGUCCUGGGCUGAGCUACCAUUACACUCACACACACCUGGCAGAUGAGGAGGGUGAAGAGGACUCGGAGCGACACACACUUCCCUUUCAACGCAAGAGCAACCACAAGCCUAAGAAAGCACCGGACGGCUCAGUGAUUGCCAAUGGCUACUGCGACUUUUGCCUCGGAGGCUCAAAGAAGACGGGCUGUCCCGAAGACCUUAUCUCCUGUGCGGACUGUGGACGCUCAGGCCACCCGUCCUGUCUGCAGUUCACAGUGAACAUGACGGCUGCGGUGAGGACUUAUCGCUGGCAGUGCAUCGAGUGCAAGUCCUGCAGCCUGUGUGGCACCUCUGAGAAUGACGACCAGCUGUUGUUCUGUGACGAUUGCGACAGAGGCUACCACAUGUACUGUCUGAGUCCUCCCAUGUCUGAACCACCAGAGGGGAGCUGGAGCUGUCAUCUGUGUUUGAGACAACUGAAGGAGAAGGCCUCAGCCUACAUCACCCUGACUUAAUCUGCAGAGCACGUCCUCGUGGCCCCUCGCCCUCUCCCAAACCACUUCUCUGUCUCUCCUCCCGUUUUCUUCAGCAUCUCCACCUCUCCCGUUUUACUGAUCUGCUCGUCGGCACAGUCUUCACAAUCUGUCCCUGUGACCUUUGGAGCACGCAGAUUACCCACGGCGCUACGCCUGCUCUCGAGCGACUCUCCAGCAGCGAAGCCACACUCCGUCCUCUUUUGCCCCCUGAAAUUCCCUUUUGUGCUUGACCCAAACUCCAGCGUCCCUCUCCUCCGUCUCAGCAGAGGAAUUCAUCAGCCGGCAAUAAGUUUGUCAGCAAGACACACACUUCAGCCCGCCAAGGGCACUUCUGAGGCAUACUACUCCACAGGAACCCUCAUAAGGGCCCUCGGAUGAGCCCUAAUGAUCUUCAGCUGUGACUCUCUCAAGUAGUGAGUGAAAAUUAAUAAAACGGUGACAUGUUCGAGAGAGGACGAAGCAGUGGAGAGCCAUGGAGCAGUGCGUCUCAGUGUUUUUCCAACUGUGAAAUGUACAUUCAACCAAAAUUUUAUUUUCUUCUCUCUGUCCUCCUUUGUGUACGGCAGAGCUGCAGAGACGCUGAACUCUCCUCUGGUAUUUGUCUGGAUGUCUUUUUCAACCAGGGAGUAAAUUGUACAGAAUUUAAUCUGAUUUGAUUUUUGAACCACACACUCAUAAAAAGACUCGGCUCAGUGGUAAAUAAGAGGCAUCCGGUCAGGAACUCAGACCACCUUUGACCUCACCCUUUCUUCUCUCUGUGCAUGGGGUUCCCACAACUUAAUGGUGCGUUUUGGAAAUUGACACUGAAGGUUUUUAGUGCAUGGUUUUGGCAACUGGAUGAAUGGAGAGAAAGAUCCACCCCCAUCCCCCCUCUCCAUUCAAAUCAAACUGUGUAUUUGAAAAAAAAUAACAGUUUUGGCUUAGCAUCUCUGGCGAGCCCUUAGCUGACCUGCAUAUAACCUUUCCUCCCACGAAACCGUGACUGUGAAGCCAGUGCAGGACUGAAACACUUCUGGUGAUUGGUGUGUUGUCUAUGAUCUCAGAAUGUAGGACUGGUGUGUGGAAAUAUGCAGCUCUCAUGCCGAGGCCUGAAAACACAUUUUCUAUGAUUCCUUUUAUUUAUUUGUGUUCAUUUGCAUGUUAUUAUUUUUAUUCUUAAAAAAAAAACCCCAACAACUUGUAAUUGAAAUGGAAAGAAAAGCACACUUAAUUCGCAAUAAUGUGUUUGUGAUACAAACUCUUUAGCCGCCCAUUGUAACUUUGAAGUUUUGUUUGUGCCUGUGUCUUAGUGGAUUUCUUUGAACAGUGCAGCAGCCAGUGACUAUGGCCAGUCAAAUACCUGUUAGAUCUAUGAAGAGGUCAAAGGCCGAGUGAUCUGAAUGUAGAAACGGGAGAUUUAACAACGUAGACAGACUGACUGAGAUACAAGUCCUGCUGUAAGUCUGGAGUACAGAGUAAAGUUCAAAAAUUCACAUUUCAUUGUGCAACAUUUCAGUGUUACACAAGUGGACAUCUUCUGGCGCACAAUACACUGUAUACGAAAACAAACUCCUCCUCACGUUCAUAUGUUAACCUCUAAAGCUUUACAGCUGUAAAACAGCCUAAUAGCUUAUUCAAGACAAGCUAUGUUCUGAAACUGCAUACCCUGAGUAGAAAUCUAU